AUGUCGAGCGACGUCAAACACGAGUCUAAACCCAUGCCGCCAAGCCCCAAAUCGGCCCCCAUGAAGAUACAGCUCGAGAACGAGGAUGAGGCUACGGUCCUUAAGACCACCACCGCCGCCGUACCCGCCAACAACAUCUUCACAGACGCAGCCCGCGAAGCUCUCCCAACCGACAACAACCCCGCCCUCGACCGCGCCCUCCAUGACGCAGCCGCCGACAUGUCCCGCCGCGCCUCCGCCACCGAGGCCCAGUCCUCCCUCCGCGACUCAAUAGCCAGCCUCGCAAUCGACGGCGACGACCAACAGCCCCACCCUCCAUCCCGCUCGCUCCCUGGCCUUGGCCUGCCAAGCGACCUCCAGAAUCUCAGCGAUGAGGAGCUGCGCGACCUCGCCGAGAACUUGUCGCGGGUGCUGGGCGAGUCCUUGCUUGGUUCGGGCCAGACGCGGGCUGACGUGCUGCGGCGCUUGCUAGCUUUGGAUUGUGAGAGGACGAGCCUGGAGGAGGGUCUUGGCAGUGCGGUAGGCGGAGAUGGUGCGGACUCGACUGGCGGUGGGUCGAAGGGGGAGGAGAAGGAGGUGGUGGUGGUGGAGGUGGCGGAGAAGGAGGGUGAGAAGCACGAGGAGGAGAAACAGGCGGGUGGGAGUCGUGCGUAA